CAGAAUCUUUCUUUGUACUUUUUUCCACAACUUUCCCAAGAUCCUUUUUAAGUGACGUAUUGUGGUGUAUGUAAGUAUAUGUUAAAGUAUGACAUUCUAAGUAGACACAAAAUUUCAAGUUUCAGUUUUUCAUUCAUUAUUAUUAUGGUAUUAUACGUAGAGUAAAAUAAUUGGUUUGAUCUAAAGGACAGGAUGAAAACCAUCGACUUACAUCAGUAUCGUUUAUUUAAUAAAAAAAAACAAACGCCUGAUGUAUGAUAAUGCGAGACUCAGUGUGUAAAUAUUUCAAAAUCAUUUUUUUGUCAUUAUACAGCGGAUGCUGUCGUAUAGCAACUAUGUGGACUUUUACAUCAUGUGCAUAAUUUUAUUCAAAUGUAUUAAUGUUUACGAGUGACGACGUCACAACUUUAUACACCUUUGUGCAUUAAUAUUGUUGGACUAUUGGAAAUAUUACUGUAUUUGUUCUUGUUCUGUUUCUUUUUCUGCGAAAGCAAUGAUUUCAUCCGUUGUGCUGUUUUCUCUUGUCGUUUUUCUUGAUUCAGUCUCUGGUCAGCAAUUCGAAUCUGGUACAAAAUUUUACAGAAGGCAGUUUACUAAUAUCACUAUUCCAUGGAUUUUUACUUACAAUGGCGACGGUUCAUUUAUUACAACAUGGAAAUAUAUGGGCACAAGUCCUGAAAUUGUAAUAUACCGUCUUACUGAUAAGGGUCUUCCCUUGAACGAUCCAAUUCCACGAAAUCAGUUUUCUGGUAGAGUCAAUUUUAUUGGAGACGUCAUAAGAAACGGAAGUAAAGAUGCAACAUUGUCUAUAAAAGAUUUUACUAAGCAAGAUGAAGGAGAUUUUGAAUGUUCAAUACAAGGAGCUGUAUCAAUAGCCCAUAAAGUUACGAUCGUAGCAAUAGUUCUAUCGAACGUAACAAACUUUCGAGUUAUCAAUGUCGCGAAAAAUGAUGUGGUGCAAGGGACGGAAGUAACGCUUAGCUGUACUGCUACAGUUGGAAAACCAUCUUCAAAUAUUGAAUUAUUGAAAGGAACUAAUGUACUGAAUUCUAGUAUGACAAGUGCUACAAGUAGCAUGACCGUCUUUUACAAUUUUAAGAACAUUACAAAGAAGGAUAGUGGGGAGUAUAUUUGUGAAGUUAAAACAACAAAUGGUUAUGUAUCACGAAAAGUUUUGCAGUUAAGUGUCAAAUUUCUAUCGAACGUAACCGACUUUCGAGUUAUCAAUGUCGCGCAAAAUGUUGUUGUGCAAGGGACGGAAGUAACGCUUAGCUGUACUGCUACAGUUGGAAAACCAUCUUCAAAUAUUGAAUUAUUGAAAGGAACUAAUGUACUGAAUUCUAGUAUGACAAGUGCUACAAGUAGCAUGACCGUCUUUUACAAUUUUAAGAACAUUACAAAGGAGGAUAGUGGGGAGUAUAUUUGUGAAGUUAAAACAACAAAUGGUUAUGUAUCACGAAAAGUUUUGCAGUUAAGUGUCAAAUUUCUAUCGAACGUAACCGACUUUCGAGUUAUCAAUGUCGCGAAAAAUAAUGUUGUGCAAGGGACGGAAGUAACGCUUAGCUGUACUGCUACAGUUGGAAAACCAUCUUCAAAUAUUGAAUUAUUGAAAGGAACUAAUGUACUGAAUUCUAGUAUGACAAGUGCUACAAGUAGCAUGACCGUCUUUUACAAUUUUAAGAACAUUACAAAGAAGGAUAGUGGGGAGUAUAUUUGUGAAGUUAAAACAACAAAUGGUUAUGUAUCACGAAAAGUUUUGCAGUUAAGUGUCAAAUAUAAGCCUGGGGAGCCUGUCUUCUCACAAUGUGCGUUUGAUAAACUCACAUGGUUACCUUCGAUAUCCAAGACCAGUGUAAAAUACACUUUGCAAGCAAAAGAGGUUUCUGGUAUCUGGUUCGAUAUUCUUACCUCUUCUGAUACAAUGUACAGUCCGUCAACGAAUGAGACCUUGAGCAAUAGCAAAGAUUAUGAGUUUCGUGUUGUUGCUUCAAACUGUGUUGGUAGUACAGAGUCCAAGAUCUGCAGUGUAACAGGACAAAAAACUCCGGGAAAGCGAUCAGGUGACAGUAGCAAUACUGGUGUUAUUGUUGGGUCCGUGAUUGGUGCAUUAGCUGUUAUAAUAGUUAUUCUUAUCCUGCUAAUUUGUUGGAAAAAAAGGCAACAAAGAAAAGAUUCGUCCAAUGUCAGAGUUAAGUUAAGUCCUACAAAGAAUAACCCGUCAAAUGUUAAGAAUGAAGGUGGAGUAGUAUACCGUGACACUCCAGAUAUGAACACGCCUCAAGUUCCUCCUCCAGCGCAAUAUCAACGAGAUGACAAUGACGAUCAUUAUGAAAAUGAUUAUAAUCAAAAAUCUACCAAUAUACCCUCUUGGGUUUAACAAUUACUUUUCUCAUAUGUAUAAUUUUAAAUAUAUUUGCCGUUCGCCUUUCAAAGGAAUUUUGACCUACUUAGAGCGUCAUCGCUUUCGGUCAAGUAAGGCCACAUAACAGCAGAAUGCUUUUCUCGUGCGUAAAAGUGUACUUCUCAUAAAUCUAACACUUAGCAUUUACAAUUUAACACUUUUUCAGUUAUUUUUUCGCCUCUAGUAAUUUUUAAAAUUCUGUGGAUUCUUGAAUGUAUUUGUUCCUUUGAUUCUUGUUCAUACAAAUACCGUAUAUAUAAAUAUAUAUAUGUAUGAAAAUUUGUAA